GAGCCGCGCGCCCUCGCGCCUCUUCUUGGCUUUUUUGCGGCCUGUCGGAUCGGCACGACCUUCUAGAUGAUUCUCAAACCCACUUCCGGGCUGCCGCCGAGGUUAUCUACAACACCGAGCAGCGAGAAGGGGUUGGUGUCCAGCACGAAUUGAAUCGUCGCCAGAAGUCAUGGCGGAUUCGGCCACUUCCCGUCCAACCGUUCUCGUCACCGGCGCCGGCGGCCGCACAGGCCAAAUUGUCUACAACAAACUGAAAGAGAGGUCUGAGCAGUUCGUGGCAAGAGGGCUAGUCAGGACAGAGGAGAGCAAGCAGAAGAUUGGGGCAGCCGGUGAUGUUUACGUUGCUGACAUAAGAGACGCGGAUCGUCUAGCACCUGCUGUACAAGGUGUGGAUGCGCUCAUAAUCCUCACCAGUGCUGCCCCGAAAAUGAAACCGGGUUUCGACCCUAGCAAAGGUGGACGGCCCGAGUUCUACUACGAAGACGGAAUGUACCCUGAACAGGUGGAUUGGGUUGGCCAAAAGAAUCAGAUCGAUGCUGCUAAAGCUGCUGGAGUGAAGCAUAUUGUGCUGGUGGGAUCUAUGGGAGGAACAAAUCCUAACCAUCCGCUGAACAGCAUGGGUAAUGGCAAUAUACUGGUAUGGAAGCGCAAAGCAGAACAGUAUUUGGCAGACAGUGGAAUCCCUUAUACAAUCAUAAGAAGCAAAGAGGCAUUUACCUGGAGGACUCCAAGGGACAACGUGCUGAUCCUUGUUUUUGGACAACUGAAAAAAAAAAACUUCCUGCCAGGAGGUCUACAAGACAAGGACGGAGGAGUGAGAGAGCUACUUGUGGGGAAAGACGAUGAACUUCUCCAGACUGACACAAAGUCGAUUCCUAGAGCCGAUGUGGCUGAGGUUUGUGUCCAGGCUCUGCAGUACGAAGAGGCCAAGUUCAAGGCAUUUGAUUUGGCCUCAAAGCCUGAAGGUGUGGGCACGCCAACAAAGGACUUUAGGGCACUGUUCUCCCAGAUCACUGCUCGGUUUUGAGCGAGCUGCUGAGAAGCCUACUCGAGUUCUAGAUUUUAUGGUGUCACAAUCCAUUUUAUCGUGGGCUUGUCCUGGAGAUACAACCAGGUAGCUUGUUGGAGCUGCGGUUUGGUGCAAUUGCAACCAGGUAGCUUGUAUCAAUCCAUUUUAUGGUGCAUUGUUUGCUUGUACACUGCUGAAUGUCGUCUGGUUGCCAAUUGUGUGAACUGUUGACAGCCAUUAAAACAAGUUAUUUGGAACCCUGUUUGCAUAAAUUGUUGGGAACAAUUUAUCCAGGCACAGUUACUCA